AUGCCGAAUCUUCGAAUCGCUCUGCUCGUCGUUGUGGGACUCGCGCGGUUGGCGCUCGCCGUCAAUGUGUUUCAAGGCAACUGCGGGACCGACAAGGUGGUGUGCGAGCAAUUGUGCAUCACGCUGACGCCCGACACCUAUGAGUGCUCGUGCUGGGAAGGCCACCAACUCCAAGACGACGGACUAUCGUGUAAAGUCGACACCGUCGUCGAGUACGAGAAGAAGCGCGUGAUACCGACGCGUCGACGACAAUCGAGCCUCAAAGCGUUUCCCGACAAACCGCUGGCAUUCAAAGGCAACAAUUACGCGGAAUUUCCGAUUCGCGACAACGCCUAUUUGGAGACCAACGUCACCAUUCAAUUCCGAUUGGAGGAACAACGCGAUGGAAUUCUUCUGUUCGCCGGCCAAUUGGCCGGCGACGACUUUUUAUCGAUAACCAUUGAUGGUCCGAAUGUGAUCAUGCGGCAUGAUUGCGGCGAGGGGACCAUCGAGGACAUGUACCACGGGACGUUUCGAAUUGGCGAUUGGCACGAGAUAACCGUGUGGCGGAAGAAUUGCGAUCGCACGCAGAUGAGGGUGGACAGAGGGCGACGAUUGGUGGACAUGGCGGAGGAGUUUAAGAAUUUCAAAGGCAUCACGAUGGACGAGGGCGUGUUUGUUGGCGGCGCGCCGCGCAACAUCGACAACCUUCGGCAGAAGACGGGCGUCGACGACGGAUUUCGUGGAUGCAUUCGAUAUCUCGUCGUCAACGAUGAAGUGCUGCUCGACGCGAAUCGCUCCAUUAAUCAUGCAUUCGAUUCGAGCUCACUGUUGUACUGCGAGAAGGACGAGCCGCCCGCGUUCGCCACCUACAACGAAUCGGUUCAUCAGAUCAAGAUGUUCGAUUUGACGCAGAGGGGAUUGCCGAUGAUAUCGGAGACGCCGAAAGGUUUGGUCCCCCCUUGUGCCGAGCCAACAUGGUCCGCGUAA